CGAUUCAAUUUUUCGUCAUUUCCAGUAUUCUAUUUAUCUUCUUAUGACAAUGUCGUCAUAUCGUCCACCGUCUCUUAGUAAAGAUAGGUACCUAGGUACUCUAGGAGCCAUUGCCAAGUACCUAUUUAGCGGGAAGCCCCUAUGGUAUGUAGCUCGGAAUGCGCCGGUGGUCAGGUUUUUUGGUGCAAGUAUUAUUAGUGAAAUGCCGACGGUAUCCUUAGGGCGAAGCUGUAAAAAGAUAUCGAAACACUCUCAAUAUUCUUCAGAUAGCAAGUAAAAAUGGCGACAACACAGCCAGUCGUUGUAUCAUUAGCUGAUCUCAAGACCGGGAACAUCUCUUUUGAGAAACUACAAGAAGCCUUUGGCCCGGAGUCGCUAGGAAUUCUAGUCGUGAAAGAUGUCCCGGCAGAGUUUCCAAGAUUAAGACACCAGCUACUGUCGUAUGCCUCAUAUAUGGGCAACUUACCAGAGGCAGACUUUGAUAAGUUCACGAACGAAGCUGCCAAGUAUUUAGUAGGAUGGUCUAAAGGUAGAGAAAAGCUCAAGGAUGGGGGCGCCGACGAAUACAAGGGCUCCUUUUACGCCAACUGCGCAUUUUACGUAGAUCCGUCCUUGGAGUCCGCGAAACCGACGGAACAGUUUUCUCUGAAAGAUUUCCCCGAGUACUUGGCGCCAAACUCAUGGCCGCCCAACGAGAUGCUGCCGGGUUUCAGGCCCACGAUGGAACAGAUGUGUAGACUCAUAAUUGAUACAGCCGUAUUAGUUGCGCGAGCUUGUGACAGGUUCGCCGAAAAAGAAAUCUUAGGGUACCCUUCAGCCUACUUGGAGAAAGUAGUCAAGUCUUCGUCGACAACGAAAGCCAGACUCCUACACUACUAUCCCAUGCCCGAGGAGGCCAUGGCGAAAAGUCAAGAAGGGGACAAUUGGUGUGCAGUUCACAAGGACCACGGCUGCUUGACAGGCCUAACAUCUGCUAUGUUCGUUGACGAACUGAAGAUAGACGCGAAGGUCCCCAGUUCUAGCGGAAAGGUGCCGGACUUGCUACCGACAUUGGAGGAAUUACCCGCGUCGCCAGAUCCGCAAGCCGGACUCUGGAUUAAAGACAGAAAGGGUGUACCGGUCCAAGUUAAAAUCCCCCGGGAUUGUAUCGCCUUUCAGACCGGCGAGGCACUUGAAAGGAUUACUCGGGGCAAGUUCAAGGCCGUGGAGCACUCGGUAAGAGGAGCGUACGCUAAAGGUGUUGCUCGAAAUACACUCGCCGUCUUCACGCAGCCAAAUCUUGAAGACGAAGUCGACUUGGACCAACACAUCACGUUCGGGGAAUUUGCUAGGGGCAUUAUAGCGAAGAAUACCGUCUAAGUAGCAAAUUCUUUAUUGAGAUAGUAUAAGAACUUUUACGUUUUGUCCGAUUACCAAACUUAUACAUCACCUCCCCUUACUUUACCAAUAUUAGUAAGUGUCUUGCAUACCUAAAUACCUAAAUACCUAGCUACAUGUAUAUAUGCU